UUUCUCAGCUUCAUCGUCUUCCGUCUCAUCCUCGUUCAUCUGGCUGGGCCUGGCUGAGCGAGUCAAGCAGCUCUCGCCUCAUCCGCCUUCUCUUCUUUCUCCAGUUCUCACCUCGCCUCGAUAUACCCCCUGUCUCCUGCUGUUCUGCUCGCUGCUCUCUCUCUUUACCUCGACCACGCCCACGAUGGCAGUGGGCGCGCGCAAAAGAGUUGUGGUUGUCGGCCUGGGCAUGGUCGGCAUCAGCUUCAUAGAAAAACUCCUAAAGCUUGACGCGCGGGCACGCGAGUACAACAUCACGGUCAUCGGCGAGGAAAAACAUGUGGCCUACAACCGGGUCGGCCUCACCACCUUCUUCGAGCACCGCAAGGUUGAGAAUCUGUAUCUGAACCCGCUUACAUGGUACGAUAGCAUUGUCGACGGGGCCCUGAGCUACCGUAUCAACACCAAGGUCACCAAGAUCGACUCGACGAGGAAGACUAUCAGCUGCUCAGACGGCCAGGAGAUACCAUACGACAUUCUGGUUCUGGCCACGGGCUCCGAUGCCAUCCUACCCAGGUUCAUCCCCAACCACGAUGCUACCGGUGUCUUCGUUUACCGGACGGUCGACGACCUCGAGAAGCUCAUUGCCUUCUCGGCCUCCCAAAAAGGCGCCUCUGCCGCCGUCGUUGGCGGCGGCCUGCUGGGGCUCGAAGCCGCCAAGGCCUUGUUGGAUCUGCAGUGCUACGACAAGGUUAAGGUGAUUGAACGUGGCGGAUGGCUCCUCAGCCGCCAGGUGGAUGCCGACGCCGGCGCCAUGGUGGCCGACCAGGUCCGCCAGCUCGGCGUGGAUGUCAUGCUCAACAAGAGCGUGAGCAGGAUAGAGGUCGACGAGCAGCACAACCUAACAGGAAUAACCUUCGCUGACGGCGAAUUCUAUGCCUGCUCGACGCUGUGCUUCGCCAUCGGCGUCCGGCCAAGGGAUGAGCUGGCCAGAGAGGCCGGUCUCAAGUGCGCCGAACGGGGCGGCGGCAUCAUUGUCGACGACUGUCUCAGAACCAGCGAUCCUGACAUUUACGCCAUCGGCGAGUGCGCCAACUGGGAGGGCCAGACCUUUGGCCUGAUUGCCCCUGGGGUCGAGAUGGCUGAUCUCCUGUCCUUCAACCUGACCCAGGCAAAGCACCACCAGCCCCGGCUAUACAAGCGCCCCGACCUCAGCACUAAGCUCAAACUCCUCGGCGUCGAAGUGGCCAGCUUCGGCGAUUACUUUGCCGACAUCGAGGGGCCCAAGUUCCUGCCAGCGAGAGCGAAGAAGGUGAACGGGGUCAACGGCGCCAACGGCACCGACGGGACCCAGGGAGCAAAUGGUGCCAACGGAGCCACCAACGGCGUCAAGGGCCUGUCACCAAAGUUGGUGAAGUCGUUGACUUACAGAGACCCCUUCCAGAACGUGUACAAGAAGUACCUCUUUACCCAGGACGGCAAGUACCUACUCGGUGGCAUGAUGAUUGGAGACACCAAGGACUACGUCAAGCUGGUGCCCAUGGUCAAGAACCAGAAGGAGCUCGACAUCCCGCCGGCUGAACUCAUCCUCGGCGCCAAGAAGGAUGGCGAUGACGCCGACGACUUGGACGACGACACCCAGAUCUGCAGCUGCCACAACGUUACCAAGGGCGACAUAGUCAAGGUCGUCAAGGACGGCACGUGCAAGUCGAUCGGCGAUGUGAAGUCGUGCACCAAAGCCGGCACGGGCUGCGGUGGCUGCGUUCCGCUGGUCACGUCCAUCUUUAACAAGACCAUGAAGGACAUGGGCAACGAGGUCAAGAACAACCUCUGCCCGCACUUCAACUACAGCCGCGCCGACCUGUACCACAUCAUCAUGGUCAAGCGGCUGAAGACGCUGCCCGAGGUGAUGAAGGAAGCCGGCGUCGACCCCAACAGCUCCGGCUGCGAGGUCUGCAAGCCGUGUCUCGGCAGCAUCUUCUCAAGCUUGUGGAACAAGCACGUCAUGGACAAGCCGCACCACGGCCUGCAAGACACCAACGACCGCUUCCUCGGAAACAUCCAGCGCAACGGCACCUUCAGUGUCGUGCCGCGGGUACCCGGCGGCGAGAUCACGCCCGACAAACUCAUCGUCAUAGGCCAGGUGGCUAAGGAAUACAACCUGUACACCAAGAUCACGGGCGGCCAGCGCAUCGACAUGUUCGGUGCCAAGAAGCAGGACCUGCUCGACAUCUGGAAGCGGCUGGUCGACGCGGGCAUGGAGAGCGGCCACGCGUAUGCCAAGGCCCUGCGGACGGUAAAGAGUUGCGUCGGCACGACAUGGUGCCGAUUCGGCAUCGGCGACAGCGUGGGCAUGGCGGUGCGCCUGGAGGAACGCUACAAGAGCAUCCGGGCGCCGCACAAGAUCAAGGGUGCUGUGAGCGGCUGUGUGCGAGAGUGCGCGGAAGCGCAGAACAAGGACUUCGGCCUUAUCGCCACCGACAAGGGUUUCAACAUCUUCGUCGCCGGCAACGGCGGCGCCAAGCCGAAGCACGCGGAGCUCCUUGCCAAGGAUGUGCCGCCGACCGAGGUGAUCCCGAUUCUCGACCGGUACCUGAUGUUCUACAUCCGCACAGCCGACAAGCUCCAGCGCACCGCGCGCUGGCUAGAGUCCCUGCCCGGCGGUAUCAAGUACCUCCGCGAGGUGAUCCUCGAAGACAAGCUCGACAUCAACGCGUCGCUCGAGGCGCAGAUGCAGGAGCUCGUCGACAGCUUCUUCGACGAGUGGGCCGAGGCCAUCAACAACCCGUCCAUCGCGGCCAAGUUCAAGCAGUUCGCCAACACGGCCGAGACGGUCGAGAACAUGGAGCUCGAGCAGGACCGCACCCAGACGCGGCCGGUCAUGUGGCCCAAGGACGCGCCCAACGAGGACUUCGCCGGCCUCCGCUCGCGCUGGUCGCAGACCACGUGGCAGCCGGUGCUGGAGGCGUCCUACUUCGCCGGCGCCGACGCCCUGCCCAACGGCAUCAGCGCGACCAUCAAGCGCGGCGACACCCAGCUCGCCGUCUGGCGCUUCAAGGGCCGCUACUACGCCACGCAGCAGAUGUGCCCGCACAAGCGCGCCUUCAUCCUAGCCGACGGCCUCGUCGGCGAGGACCCCCCGUCCUGCCCCGCCUCCGCCUCCACCACCUCCUCCGACACCACCACCCCUCCCCAAACCCCGCCUCAAGCCUCCCCCAACAGCCCCUGGAUCUCCUGCCCCCACCACAAGCGCAACUUCGACCUGACCUCGGGCGCCUGCAAGUCGGACGCGACCCUCUCCAUCGCGACCUUCGACGUCGAGGAGCGCCCCGACGGCAUGGUCUACCUGCGGCUGCCGCCCGUCGACGAGCUGGACGCGGCCCUCGGCACGCGCCGGUGGAUGGUCAAGAAGGGCGAGGCCGGACCCGGCCAGUUCGCCGAGGUCGACAAGAAGAUCGGCUUCGUCGGCCGCCGCGCCAAGAAGCCCGGCGUCAAGCCCGUCGGGCCCGGCGGCGGCGCGCUGGGGGCGGUCAGGAAGGGGGUCGAGUUGAUGGCGGUGGGUGGUGGGUGCGGAGCGGCGCCGGAGUGGUGAGUGAGGUGGUAUUGAGAUGGGUGGAGAGGUAGCGGGUGGCGUGUGGGUUGGGUUGGGAAGAAGUGGAAGUGGAGCGGUAGAUGGAUAGAUUUUCUUGCUGAGUUGCAGUGGCUUGGGUUGAAUGGUUGAAGCGGUAGCCGGCGUUGGGAAGUUAACGCAACUGGGAGCUGUUCCUGUUUUUGUUGUUAUCCACAUAUCCUACUCAUAUGCAUAGUACCUGCAAUGAUCUGUUGAUGAACUUUAGAACGCAGCAUUGCGUCUCUCCGGGAUGAAUAAAGUGAUUUCAAUAGCUGAACGG